UCAAAAAAAUGAACUUCAAAUUACUUAUUGCUCUCUCUUCUGUCAUUGCUCUUAUUCAUGCUCAAAACCUGGACUCACCUGCUCUUAGUUCCCUUUCCAGCAAGAUUGAAUCUAUUGCUACUUCUGUCACAGGAGAUAACAGGACUCCUUUAUUGAGUUCUGCUUCUUCUGCUUAUAGCCGUAUUUCCUCUGCACUCGCUCGAUCUGCUGCUACUGCUACUAGCUCAGUAACAAGUGCCCAAAGUUCUGCCUCUAGCACUCAACAAUCGGCAUCCAGUGCUCUUAGUUCUUCGGGUUCUACUGGUAGUGCUACUGCUUCAAACACCCAAGGUGCUACUAAUGCUGCUUCUGCCUUGGAUUUCUCUAAUACUCUUACUGUUCAAAUAUUGGCGUUGGCUGCUCUCUUCAUAGUCAGUUUUGUUGCCAUGCUUGCUUAAGUAAGCCCAAUAAACAUCAUCAUCUUUUUUUUUUGGGUACUCGUCUCUGCUUGUAAUAAAGAGUCCGUUUAAAUAUUAUUAAAUUUGCCAUGGAUUAUCGCAGAGAAUGAAGCAAGACUCUAAGAUACGAUUAGCAACAUUGAAUCUCAUACCUAUUUUUUAUGCUUUAAACACUUGAUGUAUUACACCAUAGCAACUACUUUCUCAAAACAAGAUAAUGCUGAAGGAUAGUAACAGUUCUAUCGAGAAA